AUGCUCGCAGCCCCCCACGCCCACUACCGCGUGUUCCACGGGAACCCAGCGGCAGACUCACUGCACGGAGCGCCACACGACCAGUUCCCCUGCAUACUAAGCUCAAGUCAAGUGGCGACCGCUCCAACGGACCUCCAUGUGCGGGAGUUUGCGCAGCUCGAGGUGCAAGUGAAGGCGCUCCAGCUCCAGACUGCGCAGCGACACGUGCUUUCGAGCGCCGUGGGGGACGCCAACGCAGGCGCACUGGCCGAAUGUUUCCACUUCUACGCGCGUCUCUUUACGGUGGAAUCGUUCGUGUGGCCGGACUUUCUGGCCGCCGUGUGUACGAAACUCGUCGAGCACUUUGCAGCAAGCGAGAACGUGAUCGUCCAAAGUGCGAUUGUGAAAGUGUUUCAGCGCGCGAAAGCCCACGUGGCCCAAGUGAAUGACGCUUCAAAGCUGGUGGGGCAUCUAGUUUCGCCUUUGACACAUAAGACGAGUGUGACGACCCGGACGUUGACGUUGCAAUUAGUUGCGACAAUGCCGUCUUUGCUUGUGCGCGACACGACUGUGCAGCAGCAAAUUAUAGCAAAACUUGCCGCUAACGACCACGACGAACGCUUGGCUGCAGUUCAAGCGGCGAGUGCAUUUAUGCCACUGUUGUCUGCGUUUCGGAAGGAUGUGCUGGCGUUGAGUCUUAAAAAGACGACGACAGGGUUGUGCUGUUUAUUGCCUGGUGCGGUCUCGAGCUCAGUGGAGGCACAACAAACAUGGAGUUAUUGUGCAGAGCUGUACGAGCGUUUUGUGGAUGAUAAGAGCGCAGUAGCAAGCAUUCGUGCUAUGACGAUGUUGACUGCAUCUUUUCCAGGAUUGUUGUUGCCGAUGCAUCAGCAAUUGUUGCAUCACGUGAUUGGUCACGACCCUCGAGUAACUGUCCAGAAUUUUACACUGCUGGUAUCGCAACGACUAGUCGGGAUUGGAAGUACAAUCGACGAGGAGAACCAACUUGCACACGUUCUCGAUGACGUCUUUUCGCACAUUGGAAAUCCGCACGUACUGACGGGUCGUGGAUUGAUGCGUAUCAAAUUGUCGGCUUUGCUCUUGCUUGAAAAGUGGUCCAGCGCCCAUGAAAUAGGUGCAAAGGCCCACGUCCUGCUCCAGGAUAUCAAGAAACUGCUGGCUAGUACCACAGACGAGCGUUUUGGGAAGGCCUAUACAUCAAUUGUUGCAAAUAUUGUUCGACACGAGCUUACAAUUGUGGAGAGAUCGUUGGGGCAGAGUUUAGAUGAGUUGCUGCGGUUGUUGCAUCCGCGCACCACCAUUGCUGCCGAAGCCACAUGGUAUCAUGCGCUAGACGCACUAUCAAAGCUGUGCCGAGACUAUCCUCAGCACCUUGAGACAUGCGUCUCUUCACGUUUGGUGGAAUUGUUGUCGAUUUCUACAAACAACCUACCCUCUACGACUUACAAGUUGCGUAGAACAGCUAUCUUUAUGGCGCUCGGAGCUUUGCGUCGACCAUUAAGUGGCGGUUUGACCCAGAAAGAGCUUCUGAUGUUGCUGGAGGAACUAUCGACAGCCGAGCGAACGAAUGCACCUCAUCUACGUGCUGUCGUCGCUACAUUUUUGCUCUGGACUCAGGAAGUUGUGCUGAUUGGGACUGAAAAAGAUCAAGACAUAGUUGCAAUCUUGGACGAGUUCGAACGGAAACUACUGGAGCCUGAGCUCUACGCGUCUCAUGCCGAGCGGUACGAGCUGGCAAAGUUGGCGAUGCUGCGAGGGCGUUUUGCUCUUGCGUUGCAGCUUCUGAAAGUGAUUGUGGUGAAGACUGACAGUGAGUGCUUUGGUGGAUGGAUGCAUGCUCUUCAGACUCUGUGCGAAGCAGAGUCACGCAUUGCAAGGGACCGGCGAGUACACGUGGAAAAUCUUCACGCGCUUACUCGCACUUGUAUGUACUUACAGUCAGCACGUACCCCAAGCUUUUGCUUCGAUCUGCAGCUGCAUCUAGUCUCGCUCCGACUUGAGUGGAUGCAGCUCCUACAGACAGCUCAGCAACUAGCAGGCGAAGCUGCAUUUACCAGUGUAGCGGGGAGCCCCAUUGGACGAGAAGGGCAACUGAGUACACAAUUGCGCGCACUAGCUUGUAACUAUAAAGCGUUGCACACCUCGUUGCUAGGUGUCGAUCAGCUUGACCUCGACGCACUCCGAGCGCAAGCUGAUUUGUGUGUUCUAUUGGCUUCGGCAGUUGAAGGCUUCCUCUUACUCCGGUCACCAAGCUUGAUUGAUUUCCCGGCACAAUGGAAGACCGUCGACAACAACCACCAGUGGAGUGUUGAAAUGCUGAAAAAUCUUUGCGAGGAUAUUCGUGCGAAACUGGAUCAUCUCGACAAGCUCUCUCCAUCUCGGCAGCCAGGUAUUGGUGCACGCGUGAUGCAGCAAGUUCUUAUUGCGCUUUGCGCUAUUCCUCCGAUACUGCCGAGAAUGUUCUUUCGCUCGCGUUUGCGCAGUGAACGGCGCCUACGCUCUAGCGCCCAGUUCUUAACUUACUCGGAACAUGCAGCCUUUGCGGCAAAGCCGCGUUCACGGUCACAGCUUGGGGUGCCCCUUGGAACUGAUUUUACUAGUGUGUUGAAGGGUGCAUUGGCUUUUUCACCGAGCGCUCGGGGUUAUUGGAGCGAGCGAGUGGAAAGGCUUGAAGUGGAGAUACUUGUGUGUCCGGCUGGAGCCAACGUAAACAGAACCAGCAACGUCAUCGCUAGCUUAUCGGCGUAUGAAGUCGUGGAUGCGUUGGCGGAUGAAACGUUGGUACAGCAUUGCGCUACAGUGAUUCUUCCUCUCGCGUGGAAUCUUAUUGUUGAGUCAACAACUCAUGGCGACGAUCAGGCGAUACUUUACUUGCCAUUGAUGAUGCCGGUGCACGUGAAAGCGACCGACCUGACAGCCAAAGGUUCGUUUGUUUUAUUGGCCAAACUCGCCUUGAUAGAUCGCCAAGGUGAGAGGUGGCCAUUGGCCGCCACAGGGUGUCGGCGAGGCUUUAUCGUGUACUAG